AUGCCUCUCGUCGCACAGAACAACUUGCCCCGCAUUAUCCUUGGGCUGAUGACCUUUGGUCCCAGCACGGAAAAGGGUGCUCGAAUUACUUCGUUGGACGAUUUCAACAAAUCCUUGGACUACUUGCAGCAACAAGGCUUCAACGAGGUCGACACCGCCCGAGUGUAUAUCGAGGGCGAGCAAGAAGCCUUCACUGCGAAGGCCAAAUGGAAGGAACGGGGCCUAAAGCUGGCGACAAAGUGGUACCCCAGGGAACCUCAUGCCCACAAGCCAAAUGUCAUCCGCGAGAAGCUAGAGCUUUCUCUUAAAGAGUUGAACACCGACUGUGUCGAUAUCUUCUACCUCCAUGCACCAGAUCGCUCGACGCCAUUUGUGGAGACCCUCGAGGCUGUCAAUGAGCUUCACAAAGAAGGCAAGUUUGUGCAGCUCGGGUUAAGCAAUUACACAUCCUUUGAAGUGGCGGAGAUUGUCACCAUCGCCGCUACCAGGGGCUGGGUUCGCCCUACCAUCUACCAGGCCAUGUACAAUGCCAUCACCCGCAAUAUCGAGGUUGAGCUCAUUCCCGCAUGCCGCCGUUACGGUCUGGAUAUUGUUAUCUACAACCCCCUUGCAGGCGGUUUGCUCUCGGGCAAGUACAAGACCUCGGAUGUUCCCGCAGAGGGCCGUUUUGGCGCGAACAGCACGACUGGAGAAAACUACCGUGGACGCUACUUCAGAGACAGCACUUUUGAGGCCCUGAGCAUUAUCGAGCCUGCAGUUGCGAAGCACGGCUUGACAAUGGCAGAAACCGCUCUGCGCUGGGUACAUCACCACUCUGGCCUCAAGAUCGGCCAUGGCGGCCGCGAUGGUAUCAUCAUCGGCGUCAGCAGCUUUGCGCAGCUGGAAGGGAACCUCGCGGAUGCGCAAAAGGGCCCCUUGCCCCAGGAAGUUGUGGAUGCUCUUGAUCAGGCUUGGUUGGUUUCAAAGCCGCUCUCUGCACCCUACUGGCACUUGGAGCUGAAGUACACGUAUGACACCCAAGAGGCUCUCUCGAAGCUGAAGAUCUAG